AAUCUCGCCAACUUCCGCGUUUUGAAUCGAACUUUCUGCAAUAUUUAAUUUUGCUUAGGCUUUCAAGGGCAGCUAAAUGGAGUCAAUUACCACGAAAUGUCUUAUUGAUCUUGCCUUUGACUUAUCAGUUGACUGGAAAACGCUUGCACGUGUUCUUGGUCUUUCUGAAGAAGUAUCAAGAAUAUGUGAUGACUACAUACGGAAUGUCUUCGAGCAAGCUUACCGAAUGCUGCAAACUUGGAAGCGAAGAAACGGAUCCCAGGCUACUUAUCAAGCCUUGGGUGAAGCACUUUCAAACGAUGUAGUGUCCCGUAAUGAUUUAGCACAAAAAUACUGUGCGGGAAGAAAUAGGAGCUCUUUGGACGAAGGUAAGAGAUUGAAAUCUUUUCGAAGCUUAUUGCACAGCGCCUCAAACAACAAGAGCGGCAAAAUUUACCAAGAACUUAGAUUUCUUACAAGUUAUUUCAUUUCUUUUGAAAUUAUUGGCUCAGUGAUUCUUGAUUUUAACACCUGGAAGAAUAUAUCGUGUUUGUUAUGUCCUUUAGCAAUGACUGAGUCGAAAAUGAGACAGUUUUAACGAUCAUCCAUACGAGUGUGACCGACGACAGCGUUACAUCUUUGGUAAUCAAUCCGACGAUUUCUGGGCAUUAGUAUUCGGUUGUUUGAAUAACAGACAGACAAACAAACAAAACAAAAGCGCUUUACAGAUUUGCGCCAAAAUCAUCAGAUUUGUUAAUGUUGGGUCAAACUGAUCCUCAAUAUUGUGUAUACUUUCAAUUACAUUGUUACAGUGCAUUGCAAUAUUGAAUUGUUUCGAGGUAAAAGAGGAAACGAAGCUCUCCAAAUUCUUCUGGUCACAGGUAGAUCAUAUAACCCAUUGAAUUUGAGAAAGUGUGCCGUCGGUUAUUAUUAUCACUCAUGUGGUUAUUAAUCUGUAUCGUUCACUGUUAUUUCCAACGAUCAGUCUCAGCCUGAUUCAACUGAUCGCAGAGAAUGUCGUGUCACUAACUACAUGCCGUCUGUGUCCUAUCAGUUAUCGCCGUGUGUAAGUGGUUUUGUGCGAUGUAAAGCGAUAGUAUUCAUACCGUAGGGGGGAGGGAGGGGGCAUCUAAGAUCAGUCGUGGCCGGGGUUAUGCUGCUUUAUUAUAUUAACUCUGACCUUCUCCUAAGCGAAAUACGGCCCUUGAUUACCCAAUUGUUUUGGGUUUCGGAAUAUCGACUCGUUCAGCCUCGUAUAACAUUUUCAGACAGAAUUAGAAAUAGGGUAAUUUAGAAUUAUCAACCGAGUUGAUAACGUAAAUUCGGUAGUAAUAUGUAACUAACACAGUCUGUAGACUGUAAGAUUUUACGCCACUAUGUGCGUCGGUAUAUAUAUAUGUAAGAUUUUAAGCCGUUAACUAACGGCGUAAAAUCUUACAGUAUAUAAUUUACCGACUGGAAGAAAUUACGCCGUUAGUUACUGGCGUAAAAUCUAACAUAUAUAUAUCACCGACUGGAAGAAAUUACGUCGUUAGUUACUGGCGUAAAAUCUUACAGUAUAUAAUAUACCGACUGAAAGAAAUUACGCUGUUAGUUACUGGCGUAAAAUCUUCCAUAUAAACACUAGCGACUGGAAGAAAUUACGCCAGUAAUAUAAUUUAAUUAUAUAUUAAUUUAUUAUAAUUAAUCUACCGACUGGGUUAGUGGCGUAAAAUCUUACAGUACAUAGACUGUGUUAGUCGCCGUUAUAUAUAUUCCCUCAUGACUUGUGUGUAGGUUUCUAUUCAGAAAAUGGAGCGACGCUCCGUAAUCAUCCUAAGCAGCACAUGGCAGUUUGUGGCCUUUCCCUACAUCUAGGCAGCUAGAAAAGCCGCAAAACUCUAGAACAAAAAUCAACGAGCGCUUUUCAUUCAAUUAAUUUAUUCUUAGAGAAAGAUGUUUUCCGUCUUGUCACGAGCGUGGGACAAAGAAAAAAUUUUUUUGAGUCAAGUGAUUCUGAUGAUGACUUCCGCUCAGGUUGUCGAAACGUCAGUCACCACUACGGACAACAGUCCUUCUCAGGGCUACACUUACCCGGUCGAUCAAACUACACUAUUACAUGUAACUAAAAUGUAGUACAACAGCUUGGCCGUGAAAGAUCUGGGUACGAGACUAGUCCCUUAGGCUCUCCUACACUAUAAAGGAUCUCUGGGUGUAUACUGCCUUAACCGUCCUGAAAGGUUGCGUGUCUCGACAAAGUUCCUCAUUUGCAUUCGUUUGGAUUCUUCUCCAUCCUUAGCCAUCGAGAGGAUGAGUUGUCUCUCGUAGCCUUGAUUUUUUUUAUACCCUCUUUCGUUGGGAUUUUCUUUCCACUGAUGUGCCAUUUUGUCUGGGUUCCUUAGCUUCCAGUUCUGCAAGAAGAGCUACGCCUCAUUGUCUCGUUUUUUUUUUCUCUCUCAACGCCUUGCAGGGAUCGACCUUAAAGGACUCAAGACCGGCAUGGUUACCAUCGCUGACAUGCUCUCCAUUGCCAACAACUUUGGAAAAGAGUGGAUGUGGGUCGGCCGACUUCUCGGGCUUGAAGACUCCUUGUUAGACGGCAUCAAAGAGGAUCUCUCACAAACUUACGAAUGUACCUACAAAAUGCUCGAGUGGUGGUGUAAGAAAAAAGAUUCUGACGCAACUUACGAGUGCCUUGCACGGGCGUUGUUACACAGAACAGUUGGCAUGCGGGAAGUUGCUGAAAAAUUCUGCGUGGACCACCGAGAAAAAAAGAUCGGUAUGUUCCAGUUGCUGAAUGACAUAACAACCCUCAGUCUCAGAGAAUAUCAGAAAACAAGACAAAAAUAUUGCUAGAGCCGGUUUAGUUGAGCAUAUCCACAAGGCGCUAAGGAAAAGUAGAACCUUUGCCUUUAUACCCAGUGUUAACAUCUGUAAUGUUUUUUUCUUUAAUUUCAUGUCAGCCACGUUAAGAAAACGCUAGCUGGAGAAAAAGAAGCUGAUCCCUGAUCACUUGAGUUUCAAACAGUUCGUUAGCGAUUGCAACCACAUUUAACUAAGUGGUGAUAUAGGUUGUUUUUGCGAGUGAUCAUCGGCUAGAGACUAUAAACCGGUCAAUAUUGUCUUGCAAGAGAUUAUAUUCUCUUGCGUCUUGUUAUUGUGUUAUUGAUCGUGUCACUACUUAAAACAUUCGGGAUUUCCGGGUGUACUUUUACAUGAACCCUAAUACGAAACUAUUCCUCGCAAGAGAGCCCCUGAUAAAGUCUUAAUUGCAUGUAGUAGCUUACGUUUUUUCAUUACUUAAAUCAGCCUCUGCUGCACCUUCUGGAGAAGGAAACACACCAAUAGAUAAGAAAUUGAAGAAUUUGACCCUGAAUGGUUCUACGGCAUGUGAAUUCGCGGGAAGCUAUACCGAGGCGCCAGGCGCAACAGGAAACAAAAGCUUUCAAGGUAAGCUCAGUCUGAACUCGUGGCUCGGUACAUCUCUUUACUUUAGUCACUAUUGUUAAAGAAGGCAGUGCAAAGAAGGUUUAAACUGCUGGUGAUAGUACAGUGAAGUGGUUAAAAGUUCACUUAGCAGAUGAAUGAUUGAAAAAUGGUCUGUUAUUGAAACCCAGGACCCAGGUUUGCAGUGGGAGGGAGGGUAGAGUAAGGUAAGCGGAGUUGCUGUUGUUGUUGAUGUUUCUCCUCCCCGUAUAUUUGCUGUCCGCAAAGCAAAGAUUUCCUUCACCUAAAAUUUGUUUAGCGAUUAAUUAGUACCUAUCUAAAGUAAGCUGGAAAUCUUCGCGGACAAUUGUGGAGAUGAGAGUAAGAAAAUCUCACCCUCAGAGUCAAACGGACAGAUAGGAAACACACCCGUCCGCGUGACAGGUGCGUAAUGUUCUGAACUACAAAACGAGCGGGUCGGGUUUGACUACUUGAUUUGGCUUUUCAAACUUCUUUCUCCCUCUGUGGUAAAGCAUUUUAUUCUUUCUUGGUCGGCAACUACCACGACGUAGGGUCGAAAUGAAAAGGAAAGAGAAAAUGUCUUCCCAUGGAACAACAUUCAGCAUGAUUCAUUUGACCCUCACUGUUAAGUUAGCAAAAGCAAGGAGAAGGAAAACGAGGUUUAGAAAUAACUAUCAAUUGAAAGUAUUAUACGUUUAACUUAUGACCAGGUACCACGCCACCCAGAGUUCCUGAGCCGGCUGAUGAUUGCAUAACUAAGAACGUCAUCACCAUUCUGCCAUACAAAGUGUGGAAAGAAUUGGCCAUUAAACUAGAUCCCGAGCGUCCAUUAGGUGGAGAUUACAAAGAUCUCGCUUGUGAGAUGGGAUAUACUGUGGAGAAGAUCUUGUAUUUCCAGUCGAGGAAUGGUCCUACGGAAGCCCUACUCACUGACUGCGCAAACUCAGUCUCAAUUGACGAACUUUGUAACAAGUUGGAGGCGAUUGGAAGAUCUGAUGCAAAGAUAGUGGUUGAUGAAUGGAUCAAGAAAAAGACUACAAAUGUGUAGCUUGCAAUAUUUAAACCGACCACCGGGUUGAAUCCUUGAAAGAAGGGAAGAUUUCGCAAAAAGUGUUUAACGGACAGCGAGCAGUCCGGAAAUAGUAUUACGCAUUGAUUUUCAAAGCUAGGAAGACAUCGUUUGAAAAGAAGACUCAAUGACUUUUCAUUUAGUAGUCUGUCUCAUAGUACGGUAUUAAUUCCGAAAUUUGCAAUCAUUAUGAGAAAGUUACCCCUCUUUCUAGAGUAUCUCCUCAAGAGGACAAGCAUCCCACAAACCUAAAUUAAGACUGAGCUUUUUAAAAAAGGACAGUUUUGUGUUUGUUUUUUUUUAUUUUGCUUUUGUUGUAUUUUUCUAAUUCUUCCCAAA